AGACUGGUCCCCUGCGUCCGUUGCGCAGCCUGCUUUCUGUGGCGAAGCAUUUGGGUCUUGAAGACAGACUGCUUUUGACCAUUUUAUUCAUUAUACGAUUAGCAGUAAAUUAUUUAUUUACGUUUAGCAGUUAUUUUUUGGUAUUUUACGAUAAGCAUUUACGAUAACAAAAGAUGAAUUUUACGUUUACGAUAGUGUUUGAAGGGUGUUUAACGUUAAGCAUUAAAACCCAUCAGGACCCUCACUGAAGACAUGCAGGAUCGAGUCCAUUUAUAUUUAUAAAUCUAGACUGCUUUGAUCAUAUUUGUUCUGUGUUCCAAACAUUUUUUAACAUCAUAUUUAUACCGAUGUUUAGUUGCAUCCAGAUUUUGACGUUCUGCAUCACUAUUGUCUUGUCGUAUUGAUUGCAACCGCGACUGUAACAUUAAUCACUGAGAUUUUGUAUCAACCAAGGGGAAGUCACUCUAGUACACGACCCUCCCUCCUUCAGCUAACAGCUGUCAACAUACGAAGGCAUUUUAUUACCAUCCUUCGCAAUGUUCAUACGAGCUUCUGUGCCAAGUUUUCGGAAAAUCAAAGAUGAACACGAAAACACAUUCACGGUAUUUUUCUUAGAGGUUUGGGUAUCUGGCAGAUUACACACAGUGGAGAAGAGAUACACAGAGUUCGAAGAACUUCAUAAGCAGCUCAAGAAAGUUAUGAGAACACCUGAGUUUCCUCCUAAAAAGGUUCUCAAGUGGAAUUCCAAAGUAUUAGAGCAAAGACGAAGUGGUUUACAAAGCUAUUUACAGGGAACACUAGACGGGGAUAUUCUCCCGAAAUCCCUCCUGAAGUUUCUGGGCAUUAGCAACCUCUCUGACAGUAUUGACUCCCUAGACAAGUUGAGCCAGGACAUUCGGGUCAGCCAUCAGCCGGUCAUCUCAUUCCCCGCCGACUCCUUCCUCCAGGAGAAUACUACCAGUACCCUACCCGACAUAGUUGCUGAGGGGGUGACAAGGGGGCUGUACUCCCCAGGAGAUGCUGGCUGCCCAAGAUGACACAGACUCGCCAUCAUAUUGAAUCAUACAUUGUGUUGGUCACCAAAUUCCUUGUGAAAAGUGGAAGAAUUUUUUAUUUCUAAGUUUUACCGAUAUUGGAGGAAGUUUUGUGUUAUGUGACAUGACUCUUUGUACAUGUGUUUGUCUUUGUACUUUGCUUUCCACACAUUUAGUCUCUUCAAAGAUCAAAAAUGAACUCUAGCGGGAUUAUUUUGCUAGCCCUGCAAAAGGUUACUAGUCCUUGUCAAUGAAAAAACUUUCAAAUCUUUAAGAACUCGAAAGGUUAUGCCAAAUGUCUUGCAGAGCGAUUUGGGCAAUCAAGAGAAUGAUAGGUAAUUCACAGCAUGUGCCAAAAAGCUAGGAAACCCUAUGUGCAAGUAGAAUUAUAAUUUUAUUAGUCUGAGGUAGUUUCUACUAGCCUCUUUAUAAGAAUGAUUUGUUUGAAAUAUGGUCACAACCAGGUCAGCCAAACGGGUAUUUUACCUCGAUUUGAUUACUGGAGGAGUUGAUGCAUACCGUAAUCGUUGCAAUAAGCACCCUGUUCCAAUGAGCUCCCCUGAUCCUCUUCUAGACCAGUCUGUGAGAAAUGUUUGUAUGUGGACCCUACUAAAACUAACCCUUUACAUGACAGUCCAUAUUUGUUGGCAUAAAGAAAAAUGUUUUUACAGAAAACAGUAGUACCAGCAGGGGUAUAUAUAAAUGUCCACCGGGUAGUAACGUUUAUGGAAAAGCUUCACCUCUGAAAACAAUUUAAAUUGUUAUGUAUAGUUUAAAUAAAGCUCCCACCUUUGUCAGUUUUAUUAGUGCCAGGGCACUUAUUAUGAAGGAUACACUAUCAACAAAUUCUUGUUAUGAGGAUUAACAUGUGUAGAACAAAUGAAUAUUUUAUUUAACUUAACUUGUUGAUUAAGUGUUCUAGUUCUGUACCGCCCAUAGGACUGACCAUCUAAUACUCCCAUUAUUUUAAUUCAGCACUUUAAGACAUUUCAUUCUUUGAAAGGGGGCACGGUUGCCCGAGUCGUCUUUGGCGCGGCGAUUCACUGUGCAGAGUUGCU